AUGGCCGGCAAGCCACAAGGUUCUGCCCAGCACAGGCCUUGGUGCAGGCAGGCGGGCAGGCCACAAGGUCGGCCAAACAGGCCCUGGUGCAGGCAGGCGGGCAGGCCACAAGGUCCGGCCGAAAGCAGGCCUGGUGCAGGCAGGCGGGCAGGCCACAAGGUCUGGCCAAACAGGCCGCUGGUGCAGGCAUGGGCGGGCAUGGCCAAACAAGGUCUGGCCCCAGCAGGCCUGGUGCAGGCAAGGUGGGCAGGACCGCCAAAAGGUUCUGCCCAGCAGACUGGUGCAGGCAGGCGGGCAGGCCACAAGGGUCUGCCCAGCAGGCCUGGUGCAGGCAGGCGGGCAGGCCACAAGGUCGGCCCCAGCAGGCCUGGUGCAGGCAGGCGGCAGGAAACAAGGUCUGCCCAGCAGGCCUGGUGCAGGCACGCGGGCUGGCCACAAGGUCGGCCCACAGGCCUGGUGCAGGCAGGCGGGCAGGCCACAAGGUCCUGCCAAGCAGGCCUGGUGCAGGCAGGCGGGUCAGGCCACAAGGUUGCCCCAAGCAGGCCUUGGUGCAGGCAGGGCGGCAGGCCACAAUGUCGGCCAAACAGGCCUGGUGCAGGCAGCGGGCAGGCCACAAGGUCGGCACUAGGCCUGGUGCAGGCAGGCGGGCAGGCCACAGGUCUGCCCAGAAGGCCUGGUGCAGGCAGAGGCGGGCAGGCCACAAGGUCUGCCCAGCAGGCCUGUGAAGGCAGGCGGGCAGGCCACCAGUCCCUGCCCAGCAGGCCUGGUGCGGCAGGCGGGCAGGGCCACAAGUCUGCCCAGCAAGGCCCUGGUGCAGGCAGCGGGCAGGCCACAAGGUUUGCCAAGCAGGCCUGGUGCAGGCGGGCAGGCACAAGGUCUGCCCAGCAGGCCUGGGGCGCAGGAAAAGGCGGGCAGGCCAAAGGUCUGCCCAGCAGGCCUGGUGCAGGCAGGCUGGCAGCCACAAGGUUUUGCCAAGCAGGCCUGGUGCAGGCAGGUGGGGGGGCCGGGCACUGGUUUGCCCAAGCAGGCCUGUGCAGGCAGGAGGGCAGGCCACAAGGUCGGCCAAACAGCCCUGGUGCCGGCAGGGCGCAGCCACAAGGUCCUGCCCAGCAGGCCUGGUGCCGCAGACGGGCGGGGUCCAAAAGGGUCUGCCAAGCAGGCCUGGUACAGGCAGCGGGCAGGCCCACAAGGUCGGCCAAACCAUGCCCUGGUGCCGGCAGGCGGGCAGGCCACAAGGUCUGCCCAGCAGGCCUGGUGCCGGCAGAGGGCGGGCCGCCAAAAGGUCUACCAAGCAGGCCUGGUGUAGCAGGCGGGCAGGCCACAAGGUCUGCCAGCAGGCAUGGUGCAGGCAGGUGGGGGGGCCACAAGGUCUGCCCAGCAGGCCUGGUGCCGGCAGGCAGGCUGGCCAUAAGGUCUGCCCAGCAGGCCUGGUGUAGGCAGGCGGGCAGGCCUCAAGGUCUGCCCAGCAGGGCCUGGUGCCGUCAGACGGGCGGGCCAAAAGGUCUGCCAAGGCAGGCCUGGUGCGGCAGGCGGGCAGGCCACAAGGUCUGCCAAGCAGGCCUGGUGCAUCAGGCGGUGGGCAGGCCACAAGGUCUGCCAAGCAGGCCUGGUGCAGGCAGGCGAGCGGCCAAAGGUCUGCCCAGCAGGCCUGGUGCAGGCAGGCGGGCCAGGCCAUCAAGGUCUGCCCAGCAGGCCCUGGUGCAGGCAGGCGGGCAGGCCACCAAGGUCUGCCCAGAGGCCUGGUGCCGGCAGGGCGGGCAGGCCACAAGGUCUGCCCAGCAGGCCCUGGUGCAGGCAGGCGGGCAGGCCGCAAGCCUGGUGCAGCAGGCGGCGGGCCACAAGGUCUGCCCAGCAGCCUGGUGCAGGCAGGCGGGCAGGGCCACAAGUCUGCCCGGCAGGCCUGGUGCAGGCAUGGCGGGCAGGCCACAAGGUCCUGCCCAGUCAGCGGGCAGGCCACAAAGGUUUGCCCAGCAGGCGGGCAGGGGCCACAAGGUCUGCCCAGCAGGCCUGGGUGGGCGGGCAGGCGGGCAGGCCACAAGGCGGGCGGGUGCCAAGCAGGCCCGGUGCGGGCAGGCGGGGCCACAAGGUCUGCCAAGCAGGGCCGGUGCGGGCAGGCGGUCGGGCCACAAUGUCUGCCAAGUAGGCCCAAUGCGGGCAGGCGGGCAGGCCACAAGAUCUGCCAAGCAGGCCGGUGCGGGCAAGUGGGCAGGCCACAAGAUCGCUAACAGGCCCGAUGCGGGCAGGCAGGCAGGCCACAAGGUCUGCCAAGCAGGCCCGGUGCGGGCAGGCGGGCGGCCACAAGGUUGCCAAGGCAGGCCCGGUGCGGGCAGGCGGGCGGGCCACAAGGUCUCCAAGUAG